AUGAAUGUUGGAUCAAUCCUAAAUAAUGAUUCUCCACCUACGGACAAUGAAGCAGAAGAAUUGUCUUCAUCCGGAAUUUCUUCAACCCCAACAACCUCUGCUCUACCUUUACAUAUUUCAUCAACCAGGUCAUCAAUUUCUGGUCCAUCGUCAGGUACUAGACCAUCAGUACCAUCAGUACAUGAAAGACAUUCAAUUACAAAUAUGUUAAAUGAUGCACCUACGACUGCUACCAGUGGACCUAUUGGACCUGCUGCUCACAAUGCUGAAUCUGAGGGUAUCCAAUUUAGAAAACCUAGUAUAAAAGAUUCACCUCCAACUGUUCAUCAUGCACCCCCAACUCUUAAAAGAAAUUCAAUUGCCGAUAUAACGAAUGAGACAGAUGUUGAUAUAUCGACAGGUGAACCUAUAAAGCCAGAGGAGAAUGAAAGUAAAAAUAAUGAAAGUAUACAAAGUUCCGAACAGUCGAAAGAACAAUCAAAACUGCCAAAAACACAAGAAUCAAAACCGAAACCGAAGGAAGAACAACAGGAUAAUAUCGCCGAAGAUGAUGAAGAUGAAUUACAAAAACUUAGAAAAGCAUUACUUUCCAAAAAACCAAAACGAUAUGAAACCCCUCCAAUAUGGGCCCAACGUUGGAUCCCACCCAAUCAACAAGGUGACAAAUCCUCCAUGGAUCAAGAAAUGAUGGCUCCACAUAAUGGUGGUGGUGCCGGUGGUGCUGGCGGUCACAUACAACCACAAACCAGACUUUCAGAUAAACAUAUUUUCGACUAUACAACUACCCGAAGUGUUGAUUUACAAUGUAGUAUAACUGGUGUGAUCCCCCCAGCAUCAUUAACUCGUACGAUUGCCGAAUGGAUAUUUGCCAAUUUUUCAAAUAUUGAAGAUCGAAAUCGAAAAUAUGUAGAAUUGGAAUUAAAAUUUGGAAAAAUAGUAGAUAAACGGACAGGAAAUCGGAUUAAUGUGAAUGUUAUUACUGAAUGCAUAUUCACGGAUCAUUCUAAUAUCCAUUAUGAUAUGGAGGUUGAAGAAUUGGCUUGGAAUGAUGUGAGGAAAUUCUUUGAGGAAUUGGAGAAGACCUACCAAGAUGAACGGAAAGAUAAACCAGCGGGGAAAAGGAAGUUUAAUAUGUUGGAUUCAGAUGCUACUGAUUCAUUCUAUCAACUUGGUGGAAAGGGGGAACAUAUUAGGAAAGUAAGAGUGUCUAAAGAUAAUCUAUUAGAUCCUCCAAGAUAUAUCGCUAUUGAAAAGGAAAGAAUCUCAGAUUUAUACAUUCAUAACCCAUCAUCAAUGUAUGAUCUUAGAUUAUCACUCUCGUUGGAAAUACCAGUGCCUGAAAGUAAUAUUGAACCCAUCAUCUCAAAAAACAAACCAGUAUUAGUACGAGAGAAGAAAAGAACCACUUGGACCCAUGCUCCCACAAUCACACAAUUUGAUCUCACAAGGGUAUUAAUCCCUCGAGAAGCCAAGAAUAAACAUGGAAAAAAGAUUGUAAGCCAUGAUAUUAAGUAUGAAAUAGAAUUGGAAAUUGAUACUUUGGAAGUCUUUAAUGCUAUUGAUAAGAUAACUCAAGGAACUGAUAAUUUUAGACUUGAAGAAUUGGUGGAAGUGUUUAUUAAUAAUGCUAGGGUGAUUAAUAAUAGAGUUACUAAGCUUGCCCUUCCUUAG